AGGCAGACAGCGCCGGCAGCCUCUCACUCUCAGUCGCCCUUUGCUCCAGCAGCAGCAGACCUUUUAUCGCCUCGACUCUCCGCUGGGAACUGUACAGGACUCUUAUCUCUGUUGAGGAUUUUUUUGUUUGCACCAUGGAGGCCACCACUGGGGAAUACGCUGACAAUUAUGACUAUUACGAAGACAACGAAACCGCCUGCGACUACUCGGAGUGGGAGCCCUCCUACUCCCUCAUCCCAGUGCUCUACAUGCUGAUCUUCAUCCUCGGCCUGUCGGGCAACGGCGUGGUCAUCUUCACCGUGUGGCGGUCCAAGUCUAAGCGCCGGGCCGCGGACGUCUACAUCGGGAACCUGGCCCUCGCCGACCUCACCUUCGUGGUGACCCUACCUCUGUGGGCCGUGUAUACGGCGUUGGGCUACCACUGGCCGUUCGGCGUGGCUCUGUGCAAGAUCAGCAGCUACAUCGUUCUGGUCAACAUGUACGCCAGCGUCUUCUGCCUCACCUGUCUGAGUUUUGACCGCUACCUGGCCAUCGUGCACUCCCUGUCCAGCAACAAGCUUCGCUCCAGAGGCACCAUGCUGGCAUCCCUGGGCGCCAUUUGGUUCCUGUCCGGCCUCCUGUCCAUACCCACGCUGCUCUUCAGGACCACGGUGCACGACAUCAACAGCAACCAGACCACAUGCGCCAUGGACUUCAGCCUGGUCACCCUGAACCAGGGGCACGAGAACCUGUGGAUCGCCGGACUCAGCCUGUCCUCCUCCGCCCUGGGGUUCCUCCUGCCCUUUUUGGCCAUGACCAUCUUCUACUGCUUCAUCGGCUGCACCGUCACCCGCCACUUCAACAACCUGCGCAAGGAGGACCAGAAGAAGAAGCGCCUGCUCAAGAUCAUCACCACGCUGGUGGUGGUCUUCGCCAUCUGCUGGACUCCCUUCCACGUGCUGAAGAGCCUGGACGCCCUCUCCUACCUGAAUUUCGCGGCGACCACCUGCGGCGUGGUGCGUUUCGUUCUGCUGGCUCACCCCUACGCCACCUGCCUGGCCUACGUCAACAGCUGCCUCAACCCGUUCCUGUACGCCUUCUUCGACCUGCGCUUUCGCUCCCAGUGCUUGUGCCUGCUCAACCUGAAGAAGGCCAUGCACGGCCAGAUGAGCUCCAUGUCCUCCACUCUCAGCGCCCAGACUCAGAAGUCGGAGAUUCAGUCUCUGGCGACCAAGGUUUAGAGGCUUAAGGGAAGCACGGGAGCACGGCUGCAGGACAGUCCCGGCUUUAACCACUGGAACACUGGUUAGAAUAAAGACUUUUUUAUGUGCCGGCUUGUUUAAAGCUGGUAAGGAGACACGAUGAACUUUAAACUCUCACUGCCUUCAGUCAUGAAUUCCAAUGUAUAUCCCUCCCGUUUUUGCGAUGAGACGUUGAUGCUCUGUGUUGUGCGGACUUACGAAGCUGGAGCCAGCUGGCUGAGCUCUUUGGCUGCUCUGGUCCUCAGAUUCUCAGAUAAAAAAAAAAAAGUCUAUAUUUUUGUGCUGUUUUUUUUUUUUUUUUUUGUCUCCACCGGAGUUAUGAUUUUAAAACUGAAACCUACAUACACUGGAUGAAACAUAUGGCUGUACAGUAUUUUCAUACCCGUCUCUUGUCUGCAUCUCUUUCUGUUUUGUUUUCUAAGCACUUGUCAGGAUUUUGUGAGCAGGGAGAUCAAACAGAAAGCUCGAUGGCAGGAGGGGGGGGGGGAGGUGUAAGAGGAGAAAAGGUGUUGCAGCUUAAUUUUAUAGUUUGUUGAGUAGAAACGGGGGGUGGGGGUCAGGAGUGGGGCAUAUGGAGGUUGACAAAUGUUGUGAUGUCGUGGAUCAGGAGCAAGUUGGGUUAGAGUGGAUGGGGGGGGGGGGGUUGUUGUUGUUGUGGCAUUAAAAGUGAGGAAAUGCAACCUUAAAUAUGUUUCAAGCUGAUGUAUAUUUUGUAUUUUUUUUGACACCACUGUAACUAACUACUGCAUUAAAGACGUGUGCUCCAAACUUC